CUGUGCCAUCCCAGCACUUAAGCAAUAAUUAAGUAAACUAUGGCUCAAUUAAUUGUCUGAGAAAAUCUGAAGCUUGGAUAAAAUGCAAAGGGGAAGGGUGAGAAAUGGCAUUGCCUGCAUGCACACACACACACACACACACACACAUUCCCAAAGGUGUUUUGCAUUUGUGAGAAUAAGGUCUGUGCUUGGGAAGAAACAAAAAACAAGAGCCUGAAGAAGAAUUGUGUGCAUGGAGCUGGUGUUGAUUAAAAAUGACUGGGGGAGAAGGGGGAUGACAUUUCUUAUCAAAAACAAAUGCUUCUGGCAUCUGCUGGGUGGGGAAAUCCGGCUACCGAGGCUCCACGCGCUCUGCUGUUUAGCAUCACCCUCGGCGCUGCCCUUCAAAGAAGUAGCAAUUGGAGAAGCUCGUCCAGAGAGGAUUCUCACACCGAGGCAGGAACUCGGUGAUCCUUUCAGAAGGGGAGGGAAAUCUGGUAAUCGUAACAUAAGUUGCAUUUCGCGAGGAAAAAGAGGAGGCGGAACACUGACCUUCGAUCCAGAGAUUUCUGACAACAAAGCCAAAGGCUCCCACCACAAUUCCCCGCAAGGUUUCAAACCCCUGGCUGCCUUAUUAAGCGCAAACCACCUUUCCAAGGUUGCUGGAGUUGUUUUAAUAACCACAGGUGUGUGUGUUCAAGUGAAACUCCAUUAUGCUUUUGUGGUACUGAAGGAAGCUGCUUCAGGAGUAGCUGUGACCGUAACAGUCAUUGGUGUGUUUAUCAUCAUUCUGUCUGGCUUUGGAGCAAUUGCUUUAUUCAGAUCGAACAAAGCCAUGAUCAAAUUGUUCACAGGCUUACUCGUGUUGCUCUUGAUCACCGAAAUUCUGGUUGUUGCCACUGCCUACGCAUGCAGAGUAAAGCUACACCAGACCGUAUCCAACGAUUUCAUGAAGAUUCUGAACAAGUAUAAUAAGAAUCAGCAGAUCACCAAGGGGGUGGAUAUUCUCCAGGCAGAGUUUCAGUGUUGUGGCGCGGAGAACUAUACAGACUGGCAAAACACAACCUUUGGACUGCUCUCCUCAUCUGUCCCCAAAAGCUGCUGCAAAAUACCUGUGGAAAGCUGUGUUACUGAUCUAAAUGAAGAUACAGUUGGCAUUAAUCAGGAGGGCUGUCUUCUAAAACUGAAGAGCUGGACUGAAAGAAACAUUUCUGCAUUUGGAGGACUUGCAGUUCUUAUAGUAUUUGGUCAGGUAACUGGGAUCCUGCUUUGCUAUAUUCUGCUGAAAAUAAUGAACGAAGACUAUGACAACAUUGAACAGGCUUAAGAAUCCAGUAUUGUUUGAACAAGCUUAAGAAGCCAGUAUUCAUUUUGUGGCUGCAAAAUUGAAUUGAAAUUGAAAUACAAUGUUGUUUUUUUCUUUUUGCUUUGCCAAAUAUGAAGUGCACCAAAUAAAAUGUU